AUGUUUUAAAAUAAUAUUGAUGAGAAUGAAGCAAGUCUGUUAUUCAAAUUUAUUUUAAUUGGAGAUAUUGCUGUUGGUAAGACAUCGCUACUUAAGUAAUUUGUGGAGAAGCGUUUUUGUGAUGACUAUAAUUUGACUAUUGGAGUUGAAUUCAAUAUCAAAUAUAUCUAAGUGAAUGAUCAUGUCAUUAAAUUGCAGAUGUGGGAUACAUCUGGACAAGAGAGUUUCAAGAGUGUGACACGUUUGUAUUACAGAGCAGCAGCAGGUGCAAUCAUGGUUUAUGACAUUACAAGACGAGAGACCUUUGAAAACAUCCGUAACUGGCAUCGUGAGGCACUUGACAACGGCAACAGUAGGAUGAAAUUUCUACUUAUUGGCAACAAGACCGACCUUCAGAGUCAUAGAGAAGUAGAAUCCUACGAAGCAGCCCAAUAUGCCAAAGAAAACGAAUGUCUCUAUACUGAAUGUUCAGCCUUGCAAGGAUCCAAUGUAGAAAAUGCAUUCAUGGAAUUGGCUCAUCAAAUCUACUAGAUGGCCAUGGAGGACCCCAAACUAGUAAAUGAAUAAUAUGGCAUCAAAUAUGUAAAUAAUGCCAACAGUUCCAUGUCAACUAGUAAAAUUGUAAGUCAACAGGCCAUAACCAAUAAAUAUAAUUAACAAAAGGUAAUCAAAUAACAGCACUAAUAGAUGAAUAAUUCAAAUAGUGAAGAAUUUAUAGAAUAUUAUGGCGAGCAAAACUAAACUAAUCAAAAGAAGGCUUAGUGUAAUAAUUGUUGUGCGGAUAUAUGA